UUUCUUUCUCUACGAUCGAUUUCUAGAUUUUCUCUUCCGCCAUUGCCAAGCUCCUGCGCACUCCCCUCCAUUCAAUCCGCUCUCACAUCAUCUCUAUCAGUUCCUCGAUUUCUCUCCUCUUUCGUUGAAUCCGUUUUUGUCGCUGUUCAAGUGCAGCAAAAAAGAAGCCACUUCAAAUGAACAAGUAUGGCUUGAACCUUAGGCCUGCAAAGCCGAAGAAGCAACCACCGAGGCCGUCCAUUGCCCUCGGCUUUAAUGAAGAUGAUGAUAAUGACGUUGAAAAAGAAAUUGCUAUCCAGGCCAGCAAGAGUAAAAGUCUCAAGGAAGUUGAGGAGCAGCAAAGAAAAGCCUUGGAAGAAGAUCCGACCAUAUUUGAUUAUGACGGAGUCUAUGAUAAAAUGAAAGAGAAAGUUGCUCGUCCAUUGAUACAAGAUCGCGAAGAGAGAAAGCCAAAAUAUAUCCAAAACCUGAUUCAGAAAGCAAAAGAGCGAGAGCAGUAUCGCGAGAUUGUAUAUGAGAAAAAGAUUGCCAAGGAGAGAAGCAAAGACGAUCACCUCUUUGCCGACAAAGACAAAUAUGUAACAGAAGCAUAUAGAAGAAAGCUGGCUGAACGAGAGAAACAGAUGGAACUAGAACGUAUACGCGAACUUCAAGAGGAAAGAGAGGAUGUUACGAAGAAGAAGGACUUUUUGCUUGAUUUUUAUACAAACCUUGAUAAAAAUGUUGCUUUUGGUGCAAAAGAUGCUCAGGGGAGAAAACGUGACAAUCGGGCCGAGAAUAGAGUUCUAGAGAAACGAGAGGGAAUGAGCCCUGAUGCAUCAAAUCAGCACCAGGAUGGUAAUACAGAUGAAGAGCAACAUUCGUUGGCUAAGACAAGUUCACCAGAAGAGUCUCCAGGGAAAAAGAUCGGUGAUCAGGGUGAAACUUCAAAUCUUUCUAAUAUAAGUGCCAGUCCCUUGGCUAUGAGGCCAAAUCCCGAUGCUUCUGCAGAGGAAAAGAGUCCAGUUGAGCAGCCACCAGCUUCACAACCAAAUCCUGAGCAUCACAAAAGAAGUCAAGAUGCUGUGGCUGCAGCAAAAGAACGUUUUCUGGCACGUAAGCGAGCAAAGCAACAGUGAACGAUUUCCAGCUUUUGCUUAAAGAUGUCUGGGGACACAUACUGGUCUUUUUAGUAUUUGGUGUUUGAUUUAAUACCCAUAAUGUUGUGUCACCUUUAAUGCUAAAGAAUUUAGGAGUCAUAGAAUGAACUGGUUCCUCGGUGGCAGUGUACAAUAUUUUGCCAAUUACAUGGAAUCUAUGUUUGGUGCUAUAUAUACCCCUUUUUUUAUUUAACCCCUAAGAUUUUUUUUAGGAAUCCUUUGUUAUUUUAACAUUAACAUCAUUGUUUUAGCACUCACUAUUAUACUUAUGGUCCGCUAUCUCCUCACCAUGAAAUUCCUC